AUGCUUUUGGAAAUGGUUGACCCAACUUCAGUGAAAAAUGAUGCAGCUGGUGAAAAGAUGAAGGAGGUUGAUAAAGGCAAAGAGGCAAAUCAGGCCAGACCAGAUUGUAGUUCAGAUGUUAAGGAGGGGUCUAAGGCCAAAGUGAAUGAUGAGGAGCAAGCUGACUCCAUGGAUGCACUCGAGAACCAUGUUAGAAUGCAGCACCCAGCAGAAUACCGCUUCCACUGCAAGACCUGUCACUAUUACACCACCACUACUGAGGCCAUGGAGACACAUCUAUCAGGGGAGUCCCACCUGGAAGUGGCCAAAGAGCAAAAUGCAGGCACUUCGUUUGAAGACUGCGUUGAAAAAGUUCUAGUCAUCCAGCAAGACAAAAAAGCAAGUGGAGAUUCACAAACCGAACAGAGAGACUUUGUUGUACAGUUGUCUGAAGGGACUGAGGAGGUUCAGAAGGCAGAUGAUGCUGUAACAAGUGUAUUAGCUGAGGGUGAAAUGAGGGUUGAGGACAGUGGUCCUCCUAAACGGAAGCGUGGUCGACCAAGAGUAACUAACGUGACCACGUGCAGCCACUGUGGUCUUGUUGCAUCUAAUCCUGCUAACCUGAGUGUGCAUAUUCGACGCAGGCACAGCCGACAAUACAGUUUUCUCUGCAAACUUUGCAACUAUUAUUGUGUUACAAAAGGUGAUAUGGACCGUCAUUGUGCCACCAAGAAACACCUAAAACGCACGAAGGCGGCUAGCAAUCCUGAUUCCGCUGUUCAGUUGCUGAAAGCGGAGCAAGCUGCUUCUGCAAGUGGGGAGGAAGAAGUUGUACCUCCAGCAGGUAAGGAAGGUGAUAAAGAUGGUGUCAGUCAGUCAGAAGAGGAAGGCACAGUUGAAGAGGCAGAGGCAACCCUCAGUGACCCAUCUCUCAAAACAAGCAAGUAUGACUCAGUCAACUCUUGUCCUUACUGCGAUUUUGUUGCCCACUCAAUUCCAUCUCUUGCUCUCCACGUCAGACGAAAGCACACCAAAGAAUUUGAGUUUGUCUGCCUGGCUUGCAGCUAUUAUGCAGUUACCCGGAGAGAAAUGUCCCGCCAUGCAUCCACGGAAAAGCACAAGCAGAAGAGUCAGAUUUACCUGGAAAAGCAGGGCAGGAGCGUUGUGAAAGAUUUGGCAGAAUUGAAUGAGCGAAUGGGGUUGGAGAAUGUGGUUGGUCUUGAGAGCCCCGGUGCUGCAGUAGCUACUGAGCCCCCUUCUGCAGACGCAGAGCAAGCUGCUCAAUCACUGGGUCAGUUUAGCUCAAGUCCUGCUCAGACCGAUGAUGCUGUCAAUACACAAGGUCCAUGUGACACAGUAAAGGACAAAAGAAUGGCAGAAGAAGGUACUGGCCUGGAGACAUUGGACAGUAAGUCAGAUCUUAAUCGAAGUGAUGGAUCAGACACUGCCCAAACCAAAGUAGAUUCUACAGACCAAUCAAACACUUAUGUAUCAGACACAAACCAGUCUACACCUGGUGAAAAAGAUGCCCCUGAAACUGAGGCUGAAGUGGAUGAUGAAAACACGGAUGAUGAAGAUGAAGACAUUGUUGAUUCAAAAGCUGACGGCUCUUUUGAGAAGCAGUUGCUCAGAGCUGUGCCAUUUGAUGCGUGCAUUCUUCCACUUAAAGCCCUACAGGAUGAUCCACUGCAAACAGCUGAGGGUGAAGUAGUUACGAGUGGAUCAGGUGGUGUGUCAGGCACCGCAAGUGUCAAACGAUCUAAAGCAGUUUCUGGCUCUGGAACUAGGGGCGCCACUCCUAAUCCGCGUAUCCGUUGUGAGGACUGUGGUUUCCUGGCUGAUGGCUUAAGCGGCCUGAAUGUCCACAUCUCGAUGAAACAUCCAUCAAAGGAGAAGCACUUCCAUUGCCUACUAUGUGGAAAGUCCUUCUACACAGAGAGCAACUUGCAUCAGCACAUGAACAGUGCGGCACACAUGCGCAAUGAGCAGGCUAGCAUUGAGGAGCUGCCAGAGGGAGGUGCCAGUUUCAAAUGUGUCCGUUGUAAUGAGCCCUUCCAGACAGAACAAGAAUUGUUCGUUCACAUCAAGGAGAAACAUGAGGAACUGUUGCGUGAAGUUAACAAAUAUGUCUAUGAGGACACAGAGCAGAUCAAUCGCGAGCGGGAAGAAAACCAAGGCAGUGUAUGCAAAUACUGUGGCAAAGUCUGCAAAAGCAGCAACUCCAUGGCAUUCCUGGCCCAUGUUCGCACUCACACAGGAUCCAAGCCGUUCAUGUGCACGAUAUGCAACUUUGCCACGGCUCAGCUUGGCGAUGCCCGUAACCACGUGAAGAGACACCUGGGGAUGAGAGAAUACAAGUGUCACAUCUGUGGGUGGGCUUUUGUCAUGAAGAAACACCUGAGCACACACCUACUGGGAAAGCAUGGCCUGGGACGGCCCAAAGAGAGGAAGUAUGAAUGCGAGGUGUGUAACCGUGCGUUCAGUGAGAAGUGGGCUCUGAAUAACCACAUGAAGCUGCACACUGGAGACAAGCCUUACAAGUGUGCCUGGCCCGCCUGCCACUACUCCUUCCUCACGCUGUCUGCCAUGAAGGACCACUACCGCACACACACAGGAGAGAAAUCUUUUCUAUGUGACCUCUGCGGAUUUGCUGGUGGCACCCGUCAUGCGCUUACCAAACACCGUCGCCAACACACAGGUGAGAGGCCCUUUAAAUGUCAACUCUGCAGCUUCGCGUCCACCACGCAAUCACACCUGACUCGGCACAAGCGUGUGCACACUGGAGAGAAACCCUACCGUUGCCCCUGGUGUGACUACAGAUCCAACUGUGCGGAGAACAUUCGGAAGCAUAUCCUCCAUACAGGAAAGCAUGAAGGAGUGAAGAUGUAUAAUUGCCCCAAGUGUGACUAUGCCACCAAUGCCCCGAUGGACUUCCGCAACCACCUGAAAGAGAUGCACCCAGAUAUAGAGAAUCCAGACCUGGCAUAUCUACACGCAGGAAUUGUGUCAAAGUCGUACGAAUGCCGCCUGAAGGGACAGGGGGCAUCGUUUGUGGAGGCCGAGGCUGCUUUUGCCCCCGAGGAGUCGGUGGGAGGCGUGACGGUGCGCAGGGUGGGCUCGGUGGAAGGGAUGGGCUCAGAGGCCGUGCAGCAAGUCAUCAUCAUCCAGGGGUACGGCGACUCGGGCGGGGAGGUGACCAUCGACCAGGCCUUGGAACAGUCAGCUGCGGCCACCCUCCAGACGCUGGCCAUGGCCGGUCAGGUCGCGGAGGUCUUACACAUCACAGAGGACGGUCAGGUCAUUGCCUCGGGCAGGGAGGUGGCCGCCACGGGGGCAAGACUUGCCGGAGGACAGAUCCAACUGCCGGCGGGGGCCACCCAGUACGUGUUGGUGGAGUCGUCCGGGGAGGCCGCGCUGAUGGAGGGGCAGGAGAGCGCCGAGACUGUGAGGGUGGAGGCGAACGCAGGGACGGAGGGAACCCACGUGGUGUCCGAGUCUUCUUCCGCUUUGGACGCGCUACUGUGCGCAGUGACAGAGCUGGGCCAGCAGGGCGGCGCCAGCAGCGAAGGAGAGAUCAUUACCACUACCGUCUCUGGGGAGGUGACAGGGGAAGACCCGGAGGAAGAGGAGACGGCAGAGCACAGAGAAGUGCAAGUGUUUGAGGAGGUGAUGCAGGAGGACGGAACGGAACAGGUGGUGGCUCAGGUGGUCGGUCACGGGCACGAGGACACACCAGACGAGAUGGUGCAGGAGGUGUUGCAGUUUGCAGCCAGUCAACUGAUGAUGAAGGAAGGUUUGACACAGGUGAUAGUGAACGACGAGGGAACGCAUUACAUCGUGACGGAGCUGGACGACUCCACUCUGCAGGUAGAAGGUGCCGUGUACACCCAGAGCGAGGGGACGGAGCAAGAACAGGGACUGGGCGAAGUCCAGCCCGCGGACGGGACCGUGGUUUAUUCAGACAUCAGUUCGGUGGACACGGCCCAGGAGUGAAAGAGUGUUAGGAUGAGGAGCGAAAGCAUCCGAUGAAAAGAGUCCCUCAAGUCCCCUGCCUCGCUCACUCUCUCUCUCUCUCUCUC